CCCCGAAUCUUGAGGAGGUUGUUCGGGUUCGGGUUGGAAAGGGCUGGAAAAGUUUCGGGGGCGGCGGGUUCACGGCGACCUCUCGUGGCAACCGGGGCCUAGUCGAGCCCGGCCGCCGCGGACCCAGGUGCGGGAGCUUCAAGUUCCCCCGUGAAGCUCCGCACCAAGGUGGUUUGAACUUUGGGUCCCUUGUAGUCCUGAUGAACAGUUUUGCUUUUCUCAAGCGCAUGGCACUGAAACUUGAAGAAUUAGACGUUUAUGCAAUUUGAGACCUGUCAUCACUGUGCAGAGUUCAGAGCAAUAAGCGACAGAGAUUAAAAUGGCUUCCCGAGGAAAGACAGAGACAAGCAAACUAAAGCAGAAUUUAGAAGAGCAGCUGGACAGGCUGAUGCAGCAAUUACAAGAUCUGGAGGAAUGCAGAGAGGAGCUUGAUACAGAUGAAUAUGAAGAAACCAAAAAGGAAACUCUGGAGCAACUAAGUGAAUUUAAUGAUUCGCUGAAGAAAAUUAUGUCUGGAAAUAUGACUUUGGUAGAUGAACUAAGUGGAAUGCAGCUGGCUAUCCAGGCAGCCAUCAGCCAGGCCUUUAAAACUCCAGAGGUCAUCAGGUUGUUUGCAAAAAAGCAACCAGGUCAGCUUCGAACAAGGUUAGCGGAGAUGGAUAGAGAUCUCAUGGUCGGAAAGCUGGAAAGGGACCUGUACACGCAGCAGAAAGUGGAGAUACUAACGGCUCUCAGGAAACUUGGAGAGAAGCUGACUGCAGAUGAUGAGGCCUUCUUGUCAGCAAAUGCUGGUGCUAUACUCAGCCAGUUUGAGAGAGUCUCUACAGACCUUGGCUCUGGAGACAAAGUUCUUGCUUUGGCAAGUUUUGAGGUUGAAAAAACAAAAAAAUGACACGGUGUGGAAGCUUGGGACAGUGAUCACAUUCUUGUUGUAAAUGGCAUUUUUCUUCUGGGAAUUUUGAGUCAUUGCAAAGAAAUCAAGAGAGUCUUGAAGUUCAUUAAUAAUCUAAGGAAACGUGACAGGAAAAUAUACCUGUGGCUUCUAUUUAUGCCCUCACCAUUGUGCUCUGUGAAGGGCCAUCUCCUUGCGCAAUCCUGGACUCGGUGGGAUGGAGGGGUCACUAGACCUUAUUCACUAUGAUUUAUCUGUUCAAGAGAGAGAAUAGAAAAUAGUUUCUCUGACUGUUGUCAUUAAGGCUCCUUGUUUUUAGGUGCUGAUAGAAAUGAAAAGAGGUAAACUAGUGAUUCCUUUCUGUUCAUAAUUUAUCCCCAUUUGUUGGAAUGAAUAGUGUAGCAACAUUAACAGACCUCAUAGGUGUUCAUAGAAUUUUAGAGGCCUAAGUGAUCUUAGAAAUCAUUUUCAUUGUUCAAACAAGGAAACUGAGACACUGCAAGAGCAAGUGACUUGCUUAAAGUCACAUCAGAGAGUUGGGGACGGGACUUGGUGUUCAGACUCUUCAAACUCUCAGUUUAGUGUCCAUUGAAUUUUAUUUUUUUUCUAUGCUGUUCUUUAAAAAUAAUUAACACGCAUUUGUGCAAGUCCAUGUUUAUAAAAAUUCAAUGUCCCGACAGAAAGUUGUCACUAAGAGACCAUUCCCUAGCCCAUAAACUCUCCUGAUGAAUGGGGCCUAUUGUGUCUGAGUUGGAGCUCGGAACAAUGGGAGCCCUGUUGAGAGUCUCCUGAGGUAACUUAACCUCCUGUGCUGUUUCACCAGGGAAGCAAUUGGACGUGGCAGCUAGAGGCCCUCCCUGUGUGUGACCUCUUUGCUGAAACCCGUUGGGUGGUGAAUUAGUGUUUACCAGUCAGUUUUUUGGAGGAACAGAGAAUAAGUUCCGAGGAAAAGCACAUUUCUCUCCUGAGCGUUUACAUCUUGCUCUCUGCUCAGAUAUAUGGAUUUCCCCACGUGCGUAAUGUUAGCUUCUUUCCUGGGCCCUGGCUACUUUAUACUCCUUCAUGUGUUUCUCAGUGUUCUUUUCUUCUCACUUUAUACAAAUUAAAGACAUUUGUAAAGCGUCAUGUAUACUGUAAACUCAACUAGGUGCUCUCUCAACUGGACAGAUUGGGAAACUCAGCUAUAUUAAUGCCUUAUUUGGAAAUUUUAAUGGAUAAUUUUUUUAUAUAUUGAUUUCUGAUGGUCAAAAACUCAUUGAAAUUGUGACAAACCAAGAAAAAGCAAAUUACCUGCUCCAGGGCUUUAUAGUCAAUCACUAGUUCAUCAUUCUGUAUUUUUGUUUUAAUGGAGGUAAAAUUCACGUAACGUAAAAUGAAACAUUUCAAAGUGUACAAUUCAGUGGCACUUAGUACAUUCACAGUGUUGUACAAUCAUCACACUAUUUAGUUGCAAAACAUUUUCAUCACCCCCAAGCGAGAUCCCACACCUAUCCAGCAGGCACUCCCCAUUCCCUCCCUACAGCCACCGCUAGUUUACUUUCUAUCUCUAUGGAAUUACCUAUGCUGGAUGUUUCAUAUAAAGAGUCGUACAGUGUGUGACCUUCUAUGUCUGGCUGCUUCCAAUUAAUAUUUUCGAGGUUAAUCCAUAUUAUAGCAUGUAUCGGUACUUCAUUCCUUUCAAUGGGUGAAAAUAUUCCCUUGCUUGGAUAACACAUUGUGUUUUUCCACUUAGGCUUUGAUGAACAUUUGAGUUUUUUCCACUGUUUGGCUAUUGUGUAUAAUGCUCCUAUUAACAUUUGUGUAUAAGUGUUUGGUUAAGUACCUGUUUUCAGUUCUUUUGGAUAUGUAUCUAGGAAUGGAAUUGCUAUGUUUAUUGUUACUGAUCGAAGCCAUAGCAAGCUUUCCCCUUCCCCUCCAGUACUGGGAUGAGGAAAAUUACUAAUAUUUUGUAUUUGAAAGGGGCCUAUAUGAACCUGGAAUCCUUAAUUUAGGUUUCCCUUAAACUUUCUAUAAGACCAACAUCAGUGAAAUAUAUUGUCAUUAAUCACAUUAAUGUAUUCAUUUAGUAAGUGCUGACUAGUACUCAAUUUAAUCUUCCUUUAAAAGAGGUCAAGUUUGCAGUGCCUAGCGAGAUACUGCCAAUCAUGGCCACGUGACCUUUGAUAGGUUACUUUAUCUUUUUGAACCUCAUUUUUUCUUCUGUUCAAAGGGGACAAUAGGACCCCACAUAGGAUUACUGUGCAUUCCCCUCUCUUCUUUAGUACAGAAAUAAAUUUUGCAUUGGCACUAAUCCACCAUUUAACCCUUUCAGGGGCAAUAUGAUAUAUUUUAUUUCACAAAUUUGGUAUUCAAAAUAAUUUGAAAAUUAUAUAUAGCUAUAGUUAUAAAAUGACUUGCAAACUGUGUUUCCUGUUCAUAUUUUGCUAUAUUUAAUCUUCUAGUUUUUUAGACCUCUUGGGAGGUCUCAGAGCGCAAUAACUAAUGCUGAGGCAGCUAACUUUUUACAUCCUUGGGUCAAGCUAAUAUUUUAAUGAAAAGAGUUCUUGCAUUUUUUUCAAAGAACUGGAGUUGAAGCAAAAGUCAAUUCCAAUGAUCAAGUGUCCAACUGGGCUGUUUAAUGAAAUCUAAUAAUUUAAAACAAUUUUUGUUUCAGUGUUUUGUUUUAUCCUGUGAGUGGUCAGAUAAGUAUUCUAGGUGGGUGGCAGAGGAAGAAACCAAGAAAUAGAAUGAGUUGUUCCCAGGAAGGAGUUGGAGUUUGGACAGAUGGAUUUUUAACUUUGAUUGUUGGGUUUUUUUAUUGAAGACACUCAGCCAAAGAAUAGUCAUCUUCAGCCAAAAAAAAAAAAAAAAGACUGUGGACCCACCGUUGUUGCGGUAUCUUAUUACAGUCAAUGGCUAGUUUGAAAUUAUUACAGAAAAAAACAAACCCAGACCAUUUUGCCUAGAGCUUUUGAGCCACCUUCCUGUCCAUUUUUUCCUUAUUAUAUUCAUUAUUAAGACCAAAGAAUGCUCUUCUUUGCCUCUGAAAAUGUUUUCCAGCAUUAAUAUGUAAAUUAAAACUGUCAGCAUUCCCACAGACCCCUUGAACGAGCUGUAAUUGCUUCCAGUCUGUCUGGCCCUGGAAUUAAAAGAUUUAGAAAACGGGUUAACUAGCAUUUAAUAAUUUCAUUGAGUUGCAAAAACACAGGUUAAAAAUAUGGCUGUGCUAGAUAUUCCCCUAGAAUGUGGCCUUCUGGCGCCCUCACUCACUCCCAUUUUGAAAUCUCUCUCCAUCCACCCUAACAGCUGCGUGGAAAGACCGCGGGGCAGAAAGGGCCUCCGACACAAGGGGUCAGCAACGCUCUUGGGAGUUGCCCUGGAGCAUCCUGUGCUGCCGGGGGGGGGGGGGGAUGGAGUGCAAAGGUUUGAGGCUGUCGGUCACUUCCUGAUGCUUAUCUUCUGAGAUAAUCACAUUCCCUGCAGCCUGGGACGGAGGGCCACAAUUAAAAAUAACUAGUAGAAAGUUAUUUUCUAUAAAGGAGGUCAAGGAGAGCCACCAAUUUUGAGUUAGAAAAGAGGAAGGUAGGGCUGGUAAGGGUUCUUUGUAAGAUUUAUGCAGGAGCCACACAGCCUCUGCCCCCAACUUCUGGCAACUGUGACUGAAUUUUUGAGGCCUUCCCACAAGAACCUCUGAUUUUAUGUCAUAGUCAUAAUUUCAGUACAUGGAUUAAGAGCUUAAAUUAUCUUAAUUAUGUCUGUUUAUACUAAAAUGUCUUAGUAGGUGGGGUACUUUUUUGUUGUUAUUGCUCAAUUGUCAUAUUGCAUGGGGGUGUUAUUUCCUGUAAGAGGAGAUGAAUGUUUUUUUGGCUUGUGUGUAAAUCUGGUUCAUUUAGGCCUGGUAUUAUUCCUCCAACACUUACAAACCAAGCCAGGUUGAAAACUGAAACAACUAUCCUCAGUGAUAAUCAAAAAGAUGGGUAAUUUAGACAAACGCAAAUAUUUGGCCUGGAUUAGAUUAUAAUUGCCUUCACCUUGAUUUGAUCAUGACCUUAGAAAAUGUGGUGCUUUUACUACUUCUUAAAAAAAAAAAAAAGAUAACUUCGCAUCUCCAGUUUUCUGUACAUCAAGUUUAUUCCAGGUCUUGGUAAAUUGUACCUUAGGUUUAGUUUAUAAAGCUCUGAGCAUAUACUCAUAUCAAUAUUUUGUUUCAUAUUCACUCACGAAAGGAGCAUUUGUACAUUUGAAGCAAACAAGCAAACCCUCAGCCCCUUAGCUUCAGCCUUGCGGCAUUUCUUUUCAUUCUGCCAGAAGUAUGAGUGGCUCGUGAAAGGCUGUGUUUUUUGACAAAGCCUUU